AUGCAGAUGCUUCAAGGUAUAAAUGCCCAAGUGAUCGAAGAUCCUUCUAUGGCAAGCAACCUCAGUGGGCAGGCUGUCUGGACUGGACAAGUGAUUGUGAAUUCCAUGAUUGCUGCUAGGGAUUUAGAAGUAGAUCUCGAGGAGGAAGACACUAAACAUGAAGUUCUGACAGAGGAGAAAACCUCUGAGGCAACUCAUUCUGUGAGAAAGAACAAAAGAAAAGAGACUACCCAAGCUGUAGACAGUGUUGUCCAGCCUGAACUCCUAAGUAAACUUCGCUAA